CCUCAACAUAUAAUUACUUCUGCCUGCGCAUCGGCAAACAUAUCUAGCCGCCUUACACCGCAUCACACGUGCUAUACACAUUAUCUUCUAGCCUAGUAAACCUCAAAACACAUCCGGCAGCACGCGACCACCUUCUCCCUCCAUCCAUCGUCAUCUCCGCAACCUCUCCACAGCCUCUCACACCCACCACCAACUCUCCUCCACACACGCCCAAACACCCACAACCAUGGCACCCCUCAGCAUAACAAUUCCGACCGUCCACCCCCCCUCCCCAACCUCCAAACCCUACACCGAAUAUGAAAUCCGCAUCACCGCUCCCUUCCCCCGCACCUCGACCACGCUCCUAAAACGCUACUCCGAUUUCGACGCCCUCGACAGCGCACUCCGCAUACAAGUCGGCACUCCCCCGCCUGUCUCCCUUCCCCCAAAAUCCUGGCUCGGCGGCAGCCUAGGAAAACUCGGAUUAGGCAUCGGCAGCACAUCGACUUCACCCGAACUGCUCCAACAACGACGCGAAGGGCUAGAAAAAUACCUUCAAGCGAUAGAAACAAGCGAGGAUGGGAGGUGGAAGGUUAGUAAAGCGUAUCGGAACUUUCUGGCGCUUUCGGACCUUGAUGGCAAGAAGGAGAGGGAAUCUUUCCCAGGGAGUCAAUUCGGUAAAGACCGGGUGAGAGAUUCCUCAGACUGGUUGGACAAGUUUGCAGAUGUGAAGAGUAAUCUACAAGAAGCAAGACUCUGGCUCACGCGCCGUGAACAAGCGUCCGUGGCGACGCAGCAACAUGAAGCUGGGGCGAAUGCGAAGCGCGGGUUAGUCCGAGCCGGGACCCUCAUCUCAGCACUUGAAGAAGGACUUGAGCGGUUAGGUGGUAAGGGUGGGGAUGAGUGGGGCGGGGAGAGGUUAGGGGAUGGGGAGAUUCGGCGUAGGAGGGAUAUGGUGGGCGCAGUGAAGAAAGAGAAAGACGGUCUGGAGAGCGUGUUGAAUACCAUGGCCGUGAAGGCUGCAGUUUCGGGGUCGGGAAGUACGCCGUCGACGAUUUCUGCAGCUGUCACAAAUGAGCAGAAGGCGGGAUUGUUUAAAGGCGCGAAUGUAGCGCCGAUAUCUGGAAGACGUGUUCUGGGUGCUCCGGCGAAGGAAACGGAACGGACGCGCGAACUCGAUAAUGAUGGCGUGUUGCAGUUGCAGAAGCAGAUAAUCGCUGAGCAAGACGAGGACCUGGUUGAUCUGACAAAGGUGGUGCGGAAGAUGCGAGAGAUGGGUGUCCAGAUCAACGAGGAAAUCAUCCUACAGAACCAGAUGCUUGGGCUGUUGGAGGAGGACGUCCAGAGGGUCGAUGGCAAGAUGAAGAUCGCGAAGAAGAAAAUAGAUCGCCUAUAGUGAAGGGCCUCCAAAACCUAUACGUCCAGCUCGAUCCUAUCAUAGUCUUUCAAGCGAAGGGGUGGUAUCACCAGCACUGUACCUGCUUUCAAUGCAGCGAUUGCUUUCCUUCCCUUCAUGAUACUUGUAAACAUUGGUUUUCCCUUGUUUUGUUCGAUACCCU